UUAAGUAUCAAGUUUCUUCUCCUGUUAGCCCUCAAGAUUUGUUGUGCUCUUGCUUUGAUAUGUGCCUUAGUUCAUCUAUACUGACUAUUCCCGCAUCUCUCAAGGUAAUGACUAUUUCUGGAGCUCUGGACCAUUUGCAAUAGCAGUUUUACUUACAUUCACAUACUAAGUCCCAUCAACGCAAUUGAGGAAGAACCCGUGGAUUAAGACUCUUCCUGCUCUAACAAGGCUACUUUAGGGUGUGAAAUUCUUUGCUCAGGUACAAUUUAUGUUGUCUUUUGUAGAUGUGCUCCUCUGUUUAAUUAUUGUUUGUUUGUUGAAUCGCCAUUACCAGCAUUUGCCCCUGAAAUUUCAUCGAUUUUACAUAAAUGGAAUCCUCCAAAGACAUGUACAUGGCAAAGUGGACUGAGUCGUUGACGGAAUUGUUUGUAAGUCUGAUGGUGAAUGAGGUAAAAAAGGGAAAUCGCACAUCAUGUACCUACAACAGAGUAGGGUGGAUUAACAUUGAAGGAGAAUUUAAUAAACAAACAGGACUUCGCUUUAGUCUACCACAGUUCAAGAAUAAGGCACAGAAACUGAAGAGACAAUAUGGUAGUUUCAAGAAGCUGCUUUCAACGACGGGAUUUGGAUGGGACGAUGAGAGCAAGAGGGUUGUCGUGGACGAUGAAACUGUCUGGGCAAAUCACAUCAAGGCUAAUACUGAAUGGGCCAAGUUCAGGAAGGAAGGAUUUCCUUUGUAUUCACAGCUUUGUGUUGUGUUUGGGGAUACAUACGCUACUGGGGAGUUUGCAAUAGGAAAUGCGCAAAGCGUGGCGCCGUCGGAGGGUACAGGUGAUAGUGGUGGUGGUGGUGGUGACAAUGAUGUUCAUGUCGGCCUAAGCGAAUCAGAACAGUUUUUCGAAACUCAAGCUAAUGUGGAACAAUUUAACGUGCCGGCCAGCCCACUUCCAAAAAGCCACAAGUUGGAUAGGACUCCAAAUGCCAAGAGAAGGAGAAAGAGCAGUUCACAUUCAUUUGACGCGACCUGCAAAGCCAUUCAAGAGAUGAUCAAAGCUAAGACGGUUCAAACAUCAAGUGCCUCCGUUACCUCACAGUCCUCAACACCUGUGGACCCUUACUCUGUAGCAGCUGUGGCUGCCGUCCUAAAUGCCAUACAUGACUUGGACAAGGUUCUUUACAUCAAAGCUAUGAACCGUGCUGUCAGUAAUGCCUCUUGGAGAGAGGGCUUCCUGACAUGUCUUCCCGAAAUGAGAGUUGCCUUUAUUGAGUCUAUGGAUGAGUAG